AUGUUUACCUUACAAUGUCAAUCAGUUAAAGAUAUUCGGAAGCAUUCAUAUUAUCCAGCUGAAAACGAAGUACUUCUUAUGGCUGCUACUCAAUUCAAAGUAAUGGGUUGUCUUGAUCAAGGAAACCUUCACAUUGUUCAACUGGAAGAAACUCGUCCGCCAUUUCCGCUUUUACAACCAGUACCAACUGUUGUUCCACAAUCGAUCAAUCCAAUUUCUUCAGCUCAACCCAAAGUUGAAGCUCCUAAAUCAGUGAACCAUCGAUCGUGUGUCUUUGAUCAAGAUACUAAGAUCUCGUGGAAGUUCAGUGGCAUCGAGAAACCACAAGUGGCAUGGUUCUUCAAAGGUGAACCGAUUCCAGCUAACAAUCGUUUUCAAGUGACUGAGACUGACGAUGGAACAUCGACACUAUUGAUUCGUCAAGCUGAACUUGCCGAUCAAGGUGAUUAUAUUGCUCGAGCAACCAAUACUGUUGGUGAAGUCGAAGCUAAAACAACAUUGAAUAUUGUUUGCAUGAAACCUGUCAUCAAUACUGAUCUUAAUGCUGCAAUAGAAGUCACAAAAGGUGAAAUUAUGACACUCAAAAUUGUCGUAAGUGGAGCACCAAAACCUAUUGUUAUCUGGAUGAGAGACAACCGUGAACUCACGUUCAAUGAUCGCAUUCAAGUGACAACACCGACUGGUGAUGAUAAUACAUACACACUGACCAUCUUGAAUGUACAAUCAGAAGAUCAAGGAGAAUAUGCAGCCAAGAUCUCCAAUAUUGUCUGUCCAUUACGUGGCAAUUCAAUUAAUAUUCAUCCAAAUGCUCGAUGGCAACAGAAUGGUCUCACUGUGGCUGGAGGAAAUGGAAAAGGCAAUGGAAUUCAUCAACUUUCCUAUCCAUUGGGUCUGUAUGUGGAUGAUGAUCAAACUAUAUAUGUUGCUGAUUGGUCAAAUCACCGUAUUGUGGAAUGGAAAUCGGGUGCGACGAGUGGCCAAGUGGUUGCCGGUGAAAAUGGACAAGGAAAUGCGGAUCAUCAGUUGUCUCAUCCAAUAGAUGUGAUUGUCGACAAAGAAAGAGAUAGUGUCAUCAUCUGCGAUGGUUCAAAUAGAAGAGUGGUUCGAUGGCCUCGUCAAAAUGGUACUAGGGGAGAAACAAUCGUCGCCAACAUCGGUUGUGUGGGUUUGACAAUGGACGAGAAUGCAUCUCUCUAUGUCGUUGAUGAAAGAAAACAUGAAGUGAAACGAUAUCGAAGAGGAGAAUCUCAAGGAACAGUGAUUGCAGGUGGUAAUGGAUAUGGAAAUCGUCUCGAUCAACUCUCUUGUCCACAAUACGUAUUCGUCGAUCGAGAUCAUUCCGUAUAUGUGUCUGAUUGUUCCAAUCAUCGUGUGAUGAAAUGGGAAGAGGGUGCAAAACAAGGUAUAAUCGUGGCUGGCAAUCAAGGACAAGGAAAUAGUCUUACACAAUUGUCAAAUCCUUAUGGAAUCAUUGUCGAUCAAUUGGGCACUGUUUAUGUCGCUGAUUGUUGGAAUCAUCGAAUCAUGCGUUGGUUCAAAGGAGCCACGAAGGGAAGUGUUAUUGUUGGUGGAAACGGUAGAGGAGAACAAUCGAAUCAGCUCAAUGAGCCCGUCGGUUUAUCAUUCGAUCCACACGGUAAUCUCUAUGUCGUCGAUUGUAGAAAUCGUCGAAUACAAAAAUUCAAUAUAGAAUAA